GACGUCGGGAAGCUCCCGGCUCCUCCGAAGCCGGAGCCGCGGCCCGGGAACGCGGCGCGCUGUGGGCAAGCGCCGGCCGGCCCCCCUCCUGCAUCCUUCCGAUCCCGGCCUGAGCCCUUCUGGCCACCCCUGCACCCCCUUUCCAGACACACCCGCACGCCCUCCCUCCAUUCGACUCCCUGCAGGCAGGCCUCCCUCUCUCUGCCUACAAACCCCUCUCUUCCACAGCAGCCCAUGCUUCCCUCUUUCUGCACGUCUUCCCCACCCUGUCCUCCGCAAGUGUCUAGCACCCUUGCCCUGCAUUCCUCCUCCUCCUCCUCCUCCCACUUUUCCUUCCAUUCCUUUCCCCUGGGCUCCAGCCCCUUCUUCCCUGAGAAGUCAUCUGCCUGUCCACCAGCCCUUCCCUGUGUCUUGUCUCAUGAGGCCCCUGGGGUGGGAGCAGGUUGUGAGGCUCACGCUGAAAGCGAACCUCUUCAUGCAAAGUGACGGUGGGGAGGCCUCUAGGCCACCCCCCAUGUGACAGUUGAGGGCUGCAGCCUGCAGAAAGCAGAUUUGAGCUUACCGCCCUUCACUCGAGAAAAUCAGUUCUGGCUGUGCAGUGACCCAGCUCCUCUGCUGCCAUGAACAGGACCCCUCUGAAGCGCUCCAGGAUCCUGCACAUGGCACUGAUGGGAGGCCCCGACCCCUACAGCGAGGCAGAGGCCAGCCAGGAGAAGCCGUUUCUGCUUCGGGCACUGCAGAUCGCCUUGGUGGUCUCUCUCUACUGGGUCACCUCCAUCUCCAUGGUGUUUCUCAACAAGUACCUGCUGGACAGCCCCUCGCUGCAGCUGGACACCCCCAUCUUCGUCACUUUCUACCAGUGCCUGGUGACCACACUGCUGUGCAAGGGUCUCAGUGCACUGGCCACCUGCUGUCCUGGUACACUGGACUUCCCCACUCUACGCCUGGAUCUCAGGGUGGCCCGGAGUGUCCUGCCCCUGUCGGUGGUCUUUAUCAGCAUGAUCACCUUUAAUAACCUCUGCCUGAAGUACGUGGGUGUGGCCUUCUACAACGUGGGCCGCUCCCUCACCACGGUCUUCAAUGUGCUGCUCUCCUACCUGCUGCUCAAGCAGACCACCUCCUUCUAUGCCUUGCUCACCUGCGGCAUCAUCAUUGGUGGCUUCUGGCUUGGCGUGGACCAGGAGGGGGCAGAGGGUACCCUGUCUUGGACAGGCACCCUCUUUGGCGUGCUAGCCAGCCUUUGCGUCUCGCUCAACGCCAUCUACACCAAGAAGGUGCUCCCUGCGGUGGACGGCAGCAUCUGGCGCCUGACCUUCUACAACAACGUCAAUGCCUGCGUCCUCUUCCUGCCCCUGCUCCUGCUGCUGGGGGAGCUUCAGACCCUCCGCCACUUUGCCCAGCUGUACAGUGCCCACUUCUGGGGCAUGAUGACGCUGGGAGGACUGUUUGGCUUUGCCAUCGGCUACGUGACAGGACUGCAGAUCAAGGUCACCAGUCCCCUGACCCACAACGUGUCAGGCACAGCCAAGGCCUGUGCCCAGACGGUGCUGGCCGUCCUGUACUACGAGGAGACCAAGAGCUUCCUCUGGUGGACGAGCAACAUGAUGGUGCUGGGGGGCUCCUCGGCCUACACCUGGGUCAGGGGCUGGGAGAUGAAGAAGGUUCAGGAGGAGCCCAGCCCCCAGGAGGACGGGAAGAGCAGCAUGAGGGUGUGAGCAGCUGCGGGACCUCAGGCGGCCGGCCCAGGGGAAUGGCGGCGCAUGCAGUGAAGGCCUCUCUCACCCAGAAAGGGCGGCCUCAAGGGGACAUUGUUUACAGACCCCUCGGACUCUGGUGGUCGAAAUGGAACCAGUGUCUCAAGUAAUGUCAGAAAGCUGCCAAUCCUCUCUCAAUCCCCUUUUUUACUUGAGGGGCUUUGUCCUCGCCUAAGGAGGAGGGACCCCUACAGGGAGAGCGCACUAGGUCUUGGGGAGCAGGAAAGUGACGCACCCCCUUCCUGCCCCCCUCCCCCGGCCUUUUACCUCCACAUGACCUUUGGGGCAGAGGACAGGCCACAACCUUAAAGGAACAGUGUAGCAAAGCACUCAGGGAGAUGAGGGUGUGACCCCACCACAGGCCCGUGGAAGGGGCCACCUCCCACGCCUGGGCUCCGGGGCAGGCAGCGCAACUUCGUCCCCACAAGCCCAGCUUCUGCAGGAGGGAAGCGGGGGCCGGGCUGAGGAGGGAAAUGGGCCAAUGUUCCCUCUCUGAGAGACCACCAGGCCCUGUGGAAGGGGGCGAAGGAACAGUUGUACCCGUGCCUGGCCCUGGCACCCCCAGAAGCCACUCGGAAGUGGCCUAGGAAUGGCAUACAUCAUGGGAAAGCACGCUUUCCCCACCACCUGCACCCUGUGUUUCCAGCUCUUGCACAUGGGAGCGCAAACCUUUCACAGGUUAAGCAGGGCCAUUAGCACCCUCCCUGAUCCUUGAUGCGGGUUGUAGCUGCCUCACUCCACAUCCCAGCACCAGGUGGGUGCAGCUGCCUGGCCCAGGGGACAGAGUGGGUCCAGGAGCCCCUCCUGCUUCUCCCAACCCUGCCUCCCCCAGAGUUUGUCCCCAGAGGACCUGCAUUUUUCUCUGAGGUUGGGGCAGAAAGAGCCUGAUUGUGGCCUUACCACACCCUGCGGGCCUCUGGGCAGCUUUCACUC